AUGUCCUUGCCUCCCACACCUAUCAGAUGCGAUGAUCCCGAUAACAGGGAUGAGCAGCAGCACAAGUCUGGCUGGUUCCAGUUCAUGAAAUCUGUUGCUACUUUUAAAGGCGAUCUCGCAUCUCUUUCAGCCCCGCCAUUUCUGCUUUCUCCUGAGAGCAUCACACAGUUCUCGCAGUACUUCAACGACCACCCGCAGUUACUAAUAGCUCCGUCGAAGGAAGGGAAUGCGGAGAAAAGGGCACUGCUUGUUAUGAAAUGGUUUCUCAGUGGGCUGCGGCGGCAAAUGGCCACCAAAAACGAGGACGGGACGCGAAAGAAACUGAAGCCGCUCAAUCCAUUCCUGGGCGAGAUCUUCUUAGGGAAAUGGGUGGAUGAUGCGGGCACCACAGAGUUGAUUUCGGAGCAAGUCUCGCACCAUCCGCCCCAGACUGCAUAUCACAUACGAAAUCGAGAGCACGGGGUUACUCUUGAAGGACACAUCGGCCCCAGAUCUUAUUUCUCACAUACCAUCAACAUUGAACGACGCGGCUUCGGAAAACUCACGUUGAGUAAAUACAGCGAGGAUCACGUAUUUACAAUGCCAAAGGUUCAUGUUGAGGGCAUUGUUACUUUUCAAAUUGCACCGGAGCUUGGCGGAACCUCGUAUAUCCACAGUUCGGCAGGCUUCACCACCAAGAUCGAAUACUGCUCAAGGGGGUGGCUUAGAGGCUCCAGUCAUUCGUUCAAAGCAGCGCUAUUCCGGGAUGGUGCCGAGAAGUCCCCGCUCUAUGUAGCCGCUGGACAAUGGGACGGGAAAUAUACUGUCACAGACUCCCGCGGCAAAGUUGUUGACACUGUUGACCUUGGGUCCUUGAAGAGAACGCCGCUGCAAGUAGCGCCAAUUGAGAAGCAGCAUCCUCUAGAGACCGGAAGGGCCUGGCAACAUGUCAUCAGCGCCAUCCAUAACAACGACAUAUUCGCCAUAGGGCAUGAAAAGAGCAAGAUCGAGGUGGCACAGAGAGCGAUGCGGAAAGAGGAGGCAAGGGAAGGGCGUUCCUGGGAAAGACGAUACUUCACGCAACUAGAACAAUACCCCGACGUUGAAAAGCUUGCCCUGCGAGGCAAGGGCGAGCCUUGUCACGAUUAUCGAGUUUUCUGGAAGUUUGACGAGUCAAAAUACGAGCGGAUUUUGGAGAAUCAGACGCAGGGAAUCAAAAGCCCCACACACGCGAGGUUUGAUUCUGGUGUCGGCAUUUGCCUGGAUGACAUAGAGGUCGAAAGGGAAUAG